AUGAGGGGAAUGCACCUUCAGCAGUACAAGCCCACGGCGCAGUACAGCAACGCGGACCUCGGAGGACUUCCGCCCGGCAUGUCGUUCAAGCCGGAUCGCCGCGCGGGCGGUGGAGGAUCCAAUCGCGCUCUGAAUGCUGCUCCGGGACCUUCUAGUGGCGGACAUUCUCCCAGGGGAGUUGGACGUAAUCAUUAUGCCAGUUUUUUCGACGAUGAGCAACACCAGUACCAGCAACAAGCGCGAUCUUACGGUGGAGGCGCGGGCCGUCGCGGCCCUGGCCCCAGCGGCAGCUCCUUCGAAUACAGCUUUACCGAUAAUAUGAAUAUGGUGCCGCGUGGUGUCAGAGGACGUGGCACCGGAGACAGCGAUGAGUUCUACGAGAGCGACGGCAACCUGUUCCACAGCGGCAGCCCUGUGCAGAUUCGGCUGACCGGAGGUGGCGGGUUCAAUGUCUACGACGGCUCCGGAGGCCAGCGCAACGGGGUUGGCGCGCCAAUGACACCGCAGUAUUACCAUUUGAACGUGAACGGACGCGACCAUCACAUGGCCUACAAUAACAGUAACAACCGCAAUGACCACGCUGCGCACUCGUUUGACGACAACAAGGACAAAGGCUACAUCAAUGGCAACGUCGGGAUGAAUAACGGCUACAACAAUGGCGGUGCUCGUGGCCCGCCGCCGAUGAAAAACAACUACCACAACGGUGCCGUAAACCACGGCGCCGGAAGCCGCUACAACAACGAUGUGACCCCGUCGCGGCCGCAGAACAACAACGGCCGCGGUGGAGGACAACAAGGUUAUAGUGGUGGAAUGAACGAAUACAACGGCGGUGGCCGCGAAAAUGGCUACAAUAACGGUGGCCGCCGCGGUGGGCAGCAAAACAUGAACGAGAAAGGCAACGGCCGCAGCGGCCCCCCUCGCGACGAUGCCCACAAAGGCGGCAAGAAGGGCGCUGGAAAGAAAGGAAAGGGACGCGGCAAGCGCGACAACAAUGGCAAUGAUAAAAAUGGAACCGACGUUUCUCCGCCGAUGAAGAACGGUGGUGGCCGCAACGGCAAGUCUGGAAAGGGCAACAAUAAAGGUAGUCGUACUUGGUCUUUAGAUAGAUGAAUAAGAAAAAGAAAAGCGCGUGAUUUCAACAGUUUUCGCUUUUGCAGUUUUCAUUAUGGAGAUUUUUCCUUGUUCGUUGUAUCUGUCGUCUUACUGCUUCAUGCUUGUGGUCCUUGAUAUCCUUUUUCAUGAUUCAUUCCUCCCAGGUAGUAAGAGCGGUGGGAAGAAAUCAGGAAGCAAUACCACUAAGGGAAAGCUUUCGGGUUCGAGUUAUCACCAACGCCUCGAGGAUGCCGAAGGAGCCAAGCGACGACGCGCCCCGUGCUGCCCAGUAAGCACUUAAACGAAUGAGCACAAAGACAAAUGAAUGAUCUUCCGUCUUAAUGAAUAUCACAUAAUUAGCAGCGCCGCAGUUGGUAUUGAAUGCUCAAGAAUUGUAAAUUACUCAUUUUUUGAACUUCCUGUAAGCACCUGAAUAAGCGAUUUCGAUACCUCUACCUUUUCCCAGGAAUUGGCUGCGUGGCGUGAAACUCGUGACUUGCAAUUUGCGGUUAUCGUGGAUGCUGGAGAGGAAGUGCUCCUGGAAUUCUGCAAAGACCCGGAAGCGCACGUCGAAAUUGCCGAUGCUUUGAAGGAUGAAGCCUACCUGGUGGAAACUCGUCGUCAAGCCGUCGACAUGCUUGCAAAGAUGCUGGUGUGUUUCAUUAGUGAAUUUUCAAAGAAGCACGACCACCAGGUGAACUGCUUGUCAUCUAUAAUCAUGGAAAAAUAUUUGUAUUUCAAAAGAGAUUUUUCUUUUUGGGAGUGAAGGUAGUUACUCCCGCUGGUAAACUUUGUGAAUCAUGUUGUUACGCACGGAAAUUUAUCAGGUGACUCUCUCGAACGAUAUGUUCGGACACAAUGUCGCGCUGACACUCUUCGAAGGCAAUAUCGGAACAGGAAUGGCUCCACUUGAAGUCCGCAGCAAGUUGGUGGAUGCUCUGGCUGGCAGGGUAACUGCAACAUUACAAUCAGAAAUCUCUUGCCGGCACGAGAUUCUCAUUUCUGAAGUUUUGCAUCAUCAAGAGGACGCAUGGACCGACCGGAAAAACUGGGCCCCCUGUAUUAUAAGGGCCCCGAUGUUGUUCUCCCUUCACGCGGACCGGGGCCGCAAAAAUCCCGGGCUCUUAUUUUCCGGCGGGGCCCUUGUUAUUCUGGUUGGGUCCCUGGAAGAACUGGGGCCAACAUGGUCCCGGGAAAAACCGGGGCUGCGGUAUCAGAAGGGGCCCGGAAAAUAGGGGGCUUGACCUUCGCCCUCCUUGCAGGCUGCUCCCUCCACUCUACUGCCAGCGCAGCGCCCCGGUGGCCUGUGUUAUGCGCGCCCGGGCCCAUGGGGGAGCCGCGUGCGCUUGCCCGCGCAGUGUCCUGGAGGGCUUGCCACCAAGCUGCGGCUGGUUCUUGAGGCUUCCUUGGCGCAUCCUGCUGCGCCUUUCGUUUCUCUAUGUUCUCCCGCUCUUGCCGCACGACCUCGCUCCCGCCAAAGGUAGGCGCGCGGGCAACAGCCAGGCAGCAGGAGCUUCGCGGCGCGCCUCCUCCUUUUGCGAUCCCCCCGCCCCCCCCGUGUUGCGUUUUUUUUUUCGCUCCGCGGGCCGCUUUCGUUUUGAAGUGCGUCAGCCUUUUGCGGCGGCCUUCGAAGGCCCUCGGGUGUCGCGUCGCUGCAGCUUGUUCCUCGGGGAUGGUGUGCGACGGCUCUUUGUGUCGCGUGUGCUGCACCCUGGGGCUUUGCGUGCACGCGCUGUCGCCGACAUCGUUCGGCCCCGUCGAUUCUCGUCUGGUCCCGCUGGGGGUGCUGGGGUUGGUUUUGGGUCUGUCGUGUGGGAUUGUCAGUGCUCAGUCACCGCGGGCGCCCUCGGGUCACUUGGCAUGUGGUUCUCUCCUUUGCGCUUCUCUCUUUCUCUCGUUGGUUGCAUGCUGGCUGUCCGUUGGCUGUCUUCUGGGCUUUCUUGUCUUACUCUUAUCCUGCGCGGCUUCAGGUUCUACCUUUUCUGGCAAUUCUUCAGCCCCUUUGGCUCUUAUUUUUGUAAGCUUAUACCUUUUGGCCCCCCGCUGUUUCUACUUUUUUUGUCGGAGUCGGUCCCUACCUUUUUUGUUUGGGUUCUUUCUAUUCCCACCUCUUCUGGUACCGCUACCCUCCCAGUUCUGGCCCAUGCGUAUGAUUUUGGAUGAACAUCAAGAUCAACGAUCUACACGUAUUUCAAUACCCCCGAUGACAUAAAGUUGAUGUGUUGCACUGACCUUUUUAGCUCGAUGUGCAGGAUCCAUAACCCAACCUAACCUAGGUCUACUUACAUGAUGUUUACGAUUGUUCAUGUUCAACUUCUAUGUAGGUUUUCGAAAUUGCGACCCACGAAACCGGUUGCCGUACUUUGCAACAUGUGCUGGAAACCCUAAACGUCGAUCUGCAAGUGCGCGUCGCUCUCGAUUUGAAGGGUAAAAUCUUGGAAGCUGUUGAAGAUCAAAACGGUAACCACGUGUUGCAAAAACUCUUCGAGCGCAUGCCGACUCGCAAGGUAUGCGCGACUAACUUGUUUCAUAUUUUUUUCACUUCGGGUGAACUAAUAACUAGCAGCUUCCUCUACUUGCAACGAAGAAAUCGAAAAAGCUACUAAACGAAAAUAUUAAGUAGAUGUUUAAGGUUCCUUUGCUAGUUCCUCUACUCGUUGUCGUUCUACCAGUGGAGAUGAUGAUUAUGAUACUCAGCACCAAAAGGAAAUCUUCAACCGGUUCUAAUUCAGGUCCAGUUUAUCAUUAAUGCGUUCCGAGGGGAAGUUCGUCGCAUGGCUACGCACUGCUACGGCAGUCGUGUUCUGCAGCGCAUCAUUGAGUACUGUGAUCCGGAGCAAGUGGCGCAGAUCUACGACGAGAUCCAUGACAACAAUCUCAGUGUCUUCAUCCACGACUCGUACGGCAACUACGUGAUCCAGAACAUGGUCGAGUACGGACGCCCAAGUGACCGACAGGCCGUUUUUGAAAUCGUGAACAACUACCUGGCAACCAUGGCUUGCCACAAAUUCGCCUCGAAUAUCGUUGAAAAGAGUAUUCAACAGGGCAACAAGGCGGAACGCAAACACUUCUUGGACGUGGCGCUUGGUAAAGUCAAGCUGCCGAAGAAGAGCUCCAGCGCCCACGAUGAGAAAAAAGCAGGCGAAGCUGGAGAUGAGACGCCAGCCGCGGCAGCGGAUGACAAGAAUGUGGAAAAGGACCCGCCAAUUGUGACCAUGAUGAAGGACAAGUACGGAAAUUACGUUGUGCAGAAGUUGAUGCAGGUGGCCGAAGGCGCAGAUCGAGACGAGAUCGUGGAGCGCAUGAAGAACCACUUGGGCCAUCUGGAGAAGCUGCCCUAUGGCCGCCAUGUCUUGUUCGCGCUGCGUGAGGGCGAGUACGGCCUGGAAGGACAAACUACGCAGGAACAGUCAGGUGGAGCCACCAAUAUGUCCUCCUCAUCCGGCGGAGAUUCUUCGUCGGGGUCAGUAUCUGCUGCAGCAGUUGCGGAAGAGCAAGAAGAGUAA